CGCGGGGGACGGCUAGAGCGUCACUCGCCCCGCCGACUUCCUCUUGGUCCUUCCCAACAUGGCGCAGUCGGUGAACAUCACGGAGCUGAACCUGCCACAGCUAGAGAUGCUUAAGAACCAGCUGGAUCAGGAGGUGGAGUUCUUGUCCACGUCCAUCGCCCAGCUCAAGGUGGUCCAGACCAAGUACGUGGAGGCCAAGGACUGUCUGAAUGUGCUGAACAAGAGCAACGAGGGGAAAGAAUUACUCGUCCCGCUGACAAGUUCUAUGUACGUCCCUGGCAAACUGCACGACGUGGAACACGUGCUCAUCGACGUGGGAACUGGCUACUACGUGGAGAAGACAGCUGAGGACGCCAAAGACUUCUUCAAGAGGAAAAUUGACUUCCUCACCAAGCAGAUGGAGAAAAUCCAGCCCGCCCUACAGGAGAAGCAUGCCAUGAAGCAGGCUGUCAUGGAAAUGAUGAGCCAGAAGAUCCAGCAACUCACAGCUCUGGGGGCAGCCCAGGCCACGGCCAAAGCCUGAGAGAUUUCUUGCGGAGCGUGGGGAAGGCUCCCCAGGACUUUGGGGGUGUGGUUCGCGGGGAGCGGCGGGAGGAGGCGGGGACGGGCUCGUGUUUAAUGUGAAUAAAUGUGUCCGCUUGGUA